AUGGUAUCAAGACUCGCAGGACUUUUACGAAGAUUUUCCAAUCUCAAUUCGGAGAACCUAUCACUAUUACUUCAGCUCCCAGGCAUAAAAAAUUCAAAAUCCGGCCUUUAUGCUAUGUUUUUCAAUUGCAAUGUAUGCAAAACCCGAAGUGCCAAAACAUUUUCAAAGGAUGCGUACAAUAAUGGCGUAGUAAUUGUCCAAUGUGACGGCUGCCACGUCCACCAUCUUGUAGCUGAUCACCUUGGCUGAUUCCAUGACAAAGGCACCACAAUCGAAGAUAUAAUGCGUGAAAAAGGCAAAAGCGUCCGAAGAAUCGAAAACCAAACAGAAGUCUUAGAGUUUAUUAAUAGCAACUAA